AUGAAGAACCGAACCACAUUUGCGGUUGCAAUUACGGUAUUUGAUUUUCAAAACUUGCGGAGCUUACUCAACCACUAUGGAGAAUUUCUUGGAUUGGAUUCCAAAAGAGUUCCUAAUAAUCCUGCAGCCAGUCAGUUUGUAGAGGCUUUGGCUAAAGCUUGGACGGAAUACAAUGACCCAAGGGCUGUAGUCAUGUUCGUGGUUCAGGCUGAUGAACGCGACAUGGGUGGCCAAGCAAUUGCUGUUGUGUAUUUCAGAGCUGGGUACACACUAAAUGAUUAUCCUUCUGAAUCAGAGUGGAGAGCAAGGCUACUCAUGGAGCAGUCAUCUGCCAUCAAGUGCCCCUCAAUUUCUUAUCAUCUAGCAGGGACCAAAAAGAUUCAACAAGAACUUGUGAAGCCUAAUGUUCUUGAGAGGUUUACUUCUGGAUUUAAGUUCCAUCCAUUGUCACAUUAUUAUCCUAACCGUUUUAAUACUCUGUUUUUGGAGCUGGUAGCUACAAAAAGAAUGGUUACUGUUGUUACAACCAGUAACCUCAAAGCUUUCUAUCAUCUUCAUGUGAGCAGACGCAAUAGAAGGCCUGGAUUAUAUGUUAUGAAGCCCCAAAGAGAAGGCGGAGGGAACAAUAUCUAUGGCAAUGACGUGAAGGAAGCCCUCAUGAGAUUGCAGAAAGAAGGAUCAGAAGCAGAUGCUGCUUAUAUCCUAAUGCAGAGGAUAUUCCCUACUGUUUCGCGCACAUUCUUGAUGCGCAAUGGCAUUUGUUAUAAAGAUGAUACUGUAUCUGAGCUGGGGAUAUAUGGUGCUUACUUGAGGAACAGAGAGAAAGUGAUCUUGAAUGACCAAUGUGGCUACCUGAUGCGGACCAAGGCUGCUUCAUCAGAUGAAGGUGGAGUCGCUCUGCUCUGGGUCCAAGUGGAACAAACAAGUAGUUUCCAGCUUCAGUAG